GACGUUGCGGAGGCUUCAAGAUGGCGGAAGCCCUGACAGCUCAGGAGCAGCUGGCUGUGGAGGAGUUCCUGAGUGAGGUGCGUAGCAGGGAGCAACCUCACAGUGCUGGGCUCGUCUCCCAACCUACCGCUGUAAAGUUUCUUAUGGCCCGCAAAUUUGACGUCUCCAGAGCCAUCGACCUCUUCCAAGCAUACAAGAACACAAGAAUCAAAGAGGGCAUCAUCAAUAUCAACCCUGACGAGGAGCCCCUACGCUCUGAGCUGCUGAGUGGCAAAUUUACAGUCCUGCCGGGCCGUGAUGCAAAGGGUGCUGCUCUAGCGCUCUUCACGGCUCGUCUCCAUCGGCCAGACGUCACCACCCACAAAGCUGUGCUUCAGGCCAUCAUCUAUCAGCUGGACAAAGCCAUAGAGAGUGUACAAACUCAAAGAGACGGGCUCAUAUUUAUCUACGACAUGACCAACUCCAGCUAUGGCAAUUUUGACUAUGAGCUCUGUGUCAAGAUCCUCAAUUUGCUCAAGGGAGCAUUUCCAGCCCGUCUAAAAUGUGUCUUCAUUGUGUCAUCACCUCUUUGGUUUCGGGCGCCUUUUGCAGUCCUCCGCCUCUUUGUGCGUGAGAAGCUGAGAGAAAGGGUGUGCACGGUGAAAGCUCAUGAGUUGGCCAGUCACAUCCCAGUCUCCUCGCUUCCUGAGCACCUGGGUGGGACAUCCCAGUAUAGCCACGUUGCUUGGAUCCAGUCCUGUGUUAACAUUCACACAAACACUGUUCAGGGUGACACACAAGAACAUGACACACAUGACUGUGUGGGAAGCCUGCUACGCUCUUACAGCUUGGAGUGUAGCAACACAAGCGCAGGCGCUACACUGUCCCAUACCCAUAUAAAUACGCAGUUAGGUCCUGAGCUAGCUGUGGCCAACUCUAACUGUUACGAUGAUAGCAAUGCUAACCCACACAACCACUGCGGUGUGGUGGAGGGCAGGACUCGAGGCCCAGGCCAGUACCAGCAGAGCCCACAUUCUGCUGCAAACAGGCCGCAGGGGAACCACCAACACUGGAACGGCUCAGCUGUGAGCGAAGCCAACAUGGCUGUUAGUGGCUCCGGCCUCAAUGCUAAUAUGAAUGGUCGUGGCCGCCAAGCUCCUCCCCAGUCAGACACACCUCCCGACACACCGCUUUCCCAGAAGGGUGAUGGGGAUGCGGUGUAUGGCAAGACAACAGACUCUGCCCAUGAAUCUCAGAAUGAGGGUGUCAAAGAGGAGGACGAGGAGGAGGGUGAGGAGGAGGAAGGGGUACCUCCGUUGCCCCAGAAAUCUUUGCCUCGUCCACCCCACCAGCCUUCCUCUCAAUCCCCGCCCCUGUCUUCAUCGUGGGGUCCUGAUGAGGAGGACCGCUGCAUGGAAGUGUCUGUUCACAUGCCAGAGCAGGGAGGCAUGACAGUGCAUGAGCUGGUGGAGCAUGUGAAGAGGAAGAAGAAAAAAGGAAUCUAUCAGGAGUACGAGGAGAUCCGCAAGGAGCCACCAGCAGGCACCUUUGACUACUCCAAGAAAUUAUCCAAUCAGAUUAAGAACAGGUACAGUGAUGUUCUCUGCCUGGACCAGUCACGAGUUCGACUCUGCCAGCUGUCUGAUGAUGAGGAUGAGACAUCCGAUUACAUUAAUGCCAGUUUCAUGGAUGGGUACAAGAGGAGCAACGCUUACAUCGCAACUCAGGGUCCUUUGCCAAAAACUUUUGGUGACUUCUGGCGUAUGGUGUGGGAACAGAUGGUACUUAUCAUUGUCAUGACCACCAGGGUCGUGGAGCGUGGACGUGUCAAGUGUGGUCAGUACUGGCCUCUUGAGGAGGGCAGGACCGAACAGCACGGAUACUUCUUGGUCAGGAACACACAUGUCCAGGUGUUCCAGGACUUCAAACUCUCCCAUCUUGAACUCUACAACACACAGUCUGGAGAGAGACGGGAGGUGUGCCACUACCUCUAUGUCAGCUGGCCAGAUUUCGGGGUGCCCAAGAGUGCUUCUGCUAUGCUGGACUUCCGUGAACAUGUACUUCAAAGGAGGGAGGCUGCAGUUCAGAGCCUGGGAUCCAGCUGGACGGGGCCUCCAGGAGGCCCCCCUGUGGUUGUGCACUGCAGUGCUGGCAUUGGCCGCACAGGCACAUUCUGUACACUGGAUAUCUGCCUGUCCCGGCUGGAGGACAUUGGCACAAUAGAUGUCCGUCAGACGGUGCGGCGGAUGCGUACACAGAGGGCUUUCAGCAUCCAGACCUGGGACCAGUACUACUUCUGCUACACAGCAGUCAUUGAGUAUGCCCAGCGCCAUGGGAAACUGAGCCCAGUGCAGUGGUCUGAUUCAGACCUAGAGACAGACAGCGAGUGAGGGACACAUGGAGGCAUAACUAGACAAAUGGGAUAGCCAACCUAAACCGAAGUAAUAGGGACGAAAGACUGAGGAAUGACAUUUCAGAGUAGAGGAGAAAGAUGACUCUUCUGCCGAAGAAGAGAAAAAGGAUGGAGAUCUUGUUUUGGCUCUUGAUGUAACGACACGGACUCCCACAGUUGCUCUUCCUUUACAUGAGUAGAUAGACGGAGGAGGUGAAGAGCUCCGGAAAAAAAUACAGGGAGUGGAGACUGUACGUUGCAUCACUGAUUAAGCAAGCUGUCCUGCCAAUUUCCGAGCCCCUUUUUAUUUAGCAAACUACAGGGGAACUUGGCCUGCCCUGAACCUGUCUUGUUGACAAGAGCGUUGUAAGAGUUGUAGCAUUUUUAUAUUGACUUGCACAUGAGGAAUGACAAACUUGAACUUUACCCCUUGAAGCCCUCCAAACCCUACUCUUUUUUCCUCUUUGUAUUUCUUGUUCCUUUUCAACCCUGAACAACUCUGUGAUCGCAGAUAAAAUGUGAGGGGUAUGAAAAGGUGAAACUUGAAAACUUUUUUUUUUUUUGCUUUGUGUUCUCAUUUUGUUUGAGAGGAAAUGGUUCUGUGUGAGCAUGUGGCCAUAAGUGAUAGUUGAUCAGUGUGUGAGCCAUUUAGUCCAUUUCUGUUUUUACUUUUAUUUUCCAUGUCCUUUUUUUCUAUGGUGCAUUUUCUACAUGUGUUUCAUAUUUGUGCAUAUGUAGACUAACUUUUCAAAGCCAAAGUCCUCACCUUGAAUGCUUGGAUGUACUCCUUAGUGAAAUAUUAUAGACUGAAGCCCAUGUAUAUUCUUGUAACAUACAUUUAUACAUUAGUGUGCAUUAUAACAACCUCUGAAAGAAGAGCAAAAAAAAAGCCGUUUAAUAUAAUUGACCUAACCUUGAGAAGAAAUAUCUAUGUAGCGAGCCAGGCUAUGACAAAAUAUUGAAAAGAGUUCUGGUAUAAAAACUGAUAUCGUAAUGCAAAUCUGUGUGAUUUGUCAGGUCUAACAUCAUUUUUACUGUUGGAGAGUUCUGAAUGGUGGACGAUCUUAAGUAAUUUGGCCUUAACUUGAUUCACUGCCUCGUCGUUCUCAGACCUAAACCAUACCUGAAACUGUAAACUGUUUUAUUUACCCUUUUGUUCUUUCCUUGUUUGAAUCUUGCUCCCUUGAUACCACAACUGUUGUGUUUGAUUCUCGAGGCAUAUUCUGCCUCAGAUAAUUGUGCCUUCAAGUUUUCCUUAGCUUAAUGUCUCGCUAGUAUAGUAAUAACACCCAAAAAACUAGUGCACUUGCAUAGUACACACUGACUAUGUGCCACACAGGACACCCACAUUUUGCCUAUAGUCCUGUACAUAGUACACUACUUAUCAAUAACAUAAAAGUAGUGAGUUAUCCGGGACUAAGCUCUGGUUUGAGACAUGGCUAUUCUUUUAUCAUUUGACCUCAGGGGGUAAUUCUAGUGUUUUUUGCCUAGUGUCAAAGAUCCGUUUCUGGGUUUGCCUCUGGUAAAUUAUCAUUUAAGAAAAAACUAUAUCAACUUUAUUUUGUAUUUUUUACUGUAUUGUAUCCUACUAUAUUUAUGUCUUUGUAAAACUUCUACAAUAUUGAAAUCAGUGAAUGUUGGUACGAUGCUACAGAGAAAACAAAACCAGUUAUUGCAUUUGAUAAGCUGAACAAAUCAGAUGGGGAGUGAAAUAUAUUUUUUGUUGUUCACAAUGAAACUUUAGUGGAAAAUAUCACUUGCCAUUGUAUUUUCAGAACUGACUUGUACAAAUUGUGACUGUUCAAUUCUAGGGCAGGGAGGGUUGGGGUAGGGGAUGUGGGUGGGUGAUGUGGUAAUGCUUUUAGAGAGCUUAUUGUUAAACUCUUCAGUAACAAUGACAUUAACGUCUUACUGUCUGGUACCCAAUGCCAAGGACAACGCAAAAAAAGAGCUAUCAAGAGGAAAAAACAAGCAAAAAAGACAAGUGGCUGACAUUUCUGUUCACAAAAAAUCCAGCAUGGUGUCAAUGAGUUAAAAAAAAGAAUAUAUAUAUAUAUAGAGAGAGAGAGAGAGAAGGGUUAAGGUUUAUCAGCAUGAUAAGAGAGCCUUGAAUGUUUUUGGGGUAAUGGUGUCCAAGCAAUUUUGUCAGACGUGGAUAUUAUUGGUGAAUGUGGACCCUGCAUCCCUCAAUGCCAAAGGCCCAGGCUCACCCAAAAGAUUUUUUCCUGUCACACAUCCUCAACAUCCCACUAGCAUUGACCUACCAGUGCAGCCUUGCAUCCACGGACACAGACUCUGGAGCAACACGGGAACAUUACUGAAGAUUAUGUAUAGCUACAAGAUGGGAGAGUGUGUAUGUAAAAGAGUCUUGGUCCCCAUGCUAUUUUUAAUUUGUUUUUUGAGAAACGGAGAAUGCAAUGUGCAUUGUCAUUGGUGUUCAUUUACUGUUUAUUUUUGUGCUUUAAGUUCUCGUGAUUGAAUUAUUGCCUUUUACAUGCUGUCAGCCCGGCUGUCCCAUUAAAGCAAUGGUAUUACUAUC